AUGGCGAAGAUAAUCUUCAAAAUUAAUGGGAAACGAUACGAAGUUGAUGGCAAGUAUGGUCCAGAUGUGUCACUGAACGAGUAUAUAAGAAAUGUGGCUGAUCUGAAAGGCACCAAGGCAAUGUGUCAUGAGGGUGGUUGCGGCGCUUGCGUGGUCGCUGUAUGUGCUUCGUUACCACCAACCAACGAAUUGAAACUCUUCUCUUGUUUAGUGUCAGUACUGUCAUGCCAUGGUUGGGAUGUGAUUACAGUUGAAGGGAUCGGGAAUCGGACUAUAGGAUACCAUGAAAUACAAAGUAGGUUGGCUAAUUUUCAUGGAACCCAAUGCGGAUAUUGUACUCCUGGAUGGGUUAUGAAUAUGUAUAGCGUCUACGAGAGCAAAAAUAAGAAACUAAAUAUGACAGAAAUUGAGAACUCAUUCGCAAGUAACAUGUGUAGAUGUACAGGAUACAGGCCUAUAGCUGAUGCUUUCAAAAGUUUCGCGACAGACGUCGACGAAAGUCUUAAGGCUAAAAUUAUUGAUUUAGAAGAUUUGUCAAAUUUGAAGUCAUGUGGCGUUCAUUGCAAACAACAGUGUCCACAUAAAAAUAAAGGACAUUCUUUCUCCUCAAAUAAAGAUGACGAAUGGUGUAUUCUUGAAAAAGGUAGCACUAAAAUGAUUGUUGUCGAUUGCGGGACACACAAAUGGUACAAAACAUAUAACUUGCAGGAUGUAUUCAAAGUUAUGUCAUUAGAUGAUUAUAAAUUAAUAGCUGGAAAUACAGGACAAGGAGUUUUCCACGUUACUGAAUAUCCUCGCAAUGUCAUAGACAUAUUCAACGUAGCCGAAUUGAAGGGCUAUACGAUUGAUCAAAACUUGAUAAUAGGCGCCGGAGUACCUUUGUCGGAAAUGAUGGAACUCUUUCUUAAAAUAUCCGCCGAAAAUGAAGAUUUUGCAUAUUUAAAACAGUUUCAUGAACAUAUGGAUCUGGUUGCACAUAUUCCUGUUAGAAAUAUAGGUACAAUUGGAGGGAAUUUAUAUAUGAAAUAUGAAAAUAAUGAUUUUCAAUCGGAUUUGUUUUUGCUUUUUGAAACAGUUGGGGGAAUAAUAACAGUCGCUGACAACGUUAAUAACUCUAAAAAAAUUACUUUUCCUGAUUUCCUGAAAAUAAACAUGAAGAGACAUAUCAUUGUAAAUAUAGAACUGCCGCCAUUAUCCAGUUAUUGUAAAGUUAAAACUUAUAAGAUAAUGCCUCGAUCCCAAAAUGCACAUGCUGUAGUCAAUGCUGGGUUUUUAUUCAAAUUUAAAAAAGGUUCAACUAUUCUGGACAAAGCCACAAUUGUCUAUGGUAGCAUUUCAGAAAAAUUUAUACACGCAACCAAAACAGAAAACCUAUUAACAAACAAAGAUCCAUAUACGGAUGAAACACUACAACUGGUACUCAAAUCAUUAAGCGAAGAGAUACAUCCUGAAGAAGCACCCCCUGAGCCAUCGGCUGCGUACAGAAAAAUGUUAGCUUUGGCUUUAUAUUAUAAGGGAAUCUUAAGUACAUGUCCCGAUAAUAAACUGAACCCCAAAUAUCGUUCUGGGGGUGAAGCCAUCAAACGCAACACUUCAAAAGGAGUAGAGAUUUUUGAUACAGAUAAAUCUGUAUGGCCAUUAAAUCAACCUGUGCCUAAGUUAGAAUCAAUGGCACAAUGCUCAGGAGAAGCAACCUUUGCUAAUGAUCUACCGACAGAAACUGAUGAAGUGUUUGCUGCCUUUGUUACUGCUGAUGUUAAACCUGGAACUGUUAUUAAAGGAUUUGAUGCGACAGAAGCAUUAAAAAUGCCUGGUGUAAUAGCAUUCUACACAGCUAAAGACAUUCCAGGGGAGAACAGUUUUAGUCCUCCCUUAUAUCCUCCACUGAUAAUUGAAGAUGAAGAGAUUCUUUGUGCCAAAGAAGUCAAAUUUUAUGGACAACCUGCUGGCAUUAUAGUAGCUGAUAGAGAUAAAACAGCUAACAAAGCUGCGCUACUUGUAAAAAUUAAGUAUGAAAAUAUAAGCAAAGACAAACCAUUACUAACAAUAGAAGAUGUUUUGAAUUCGCCACAAAAAGAUAUGAGAGUAAAAAAUAAUAGAACUGUGGAACCAACGGAUAAUGGAAAUGAUGUAAAAUGUGUAAUUUACGGAAAUUUGAUGUUAGGAAGUCAGUUCCAUUAUACUAUGGAACCACAGACUUGUGUUGCAAAACCAACAGAAGACGGCAUGGAGGUGUACUCGUCGACACAAUGGCUUGACAUUGUCAAUGUUGCAAUAGCUCGAUGUUUGAAAGUUAAUGCAAAUAGCAUUAAUGUUAUUGUACGUCGCGUUGGUGGAGGUUAUGGUGCCAAGAUAUCUCGCGCAAGUCAAAUUGCUUGCGCUGCAGCUUUAGCAUCUCAUCUACAAGGCAAAACUUGCCGAUUUAUCUUGCCCUUGGAAUUAAAUGUAAAGAUAUGUGGUAAACGAUUACCAACCAGCAAUAACUUUGAGGUUGGAGUAAAUAAAGAAGGUGUAAUACAAUAUCUUAAGAACACAUUUUACCAAAACAAUGGUUGUUCUUCCAAUGAGACCACAGCUUCUGUAACCUUGAAUCACUUUCUGAAUUGCUAUGAUACUCGUCGAUGGUACAUUGAAGCUAAUAGUGUCGCUACAGACACACCAUCAAAUACAUGGUGUAGGGCACCAGCAUCUACUGAAGGAGUUGCAAUGAUAGAAUAUAUAAUGGAAAGAAUAGCUUUUAACCUUAAAAAAGACCCACUGGAAGUUAGAAUGUUAAAUAUGGCGCAAGAAGACAACCCCAUACCAGGAUUAAUAGAACAAUUAAAGAAAGAUGCGGAUUACGAUAACAGAUUGAAAGAAAUAAAAGAAUUCAACGAUAAUAAUAGAUGGAGAAAACGUGCUAUGAAGUUAAUCCCAAUGACUUAUGAUUUGUUCUACCUUGGACCGUUUAAUUCUUUGAUAUCAAUAUAUCAUGCAGAUGGUUCGAUUGUAAUAACUCAUGGAGGCACAGAAAUAGGUCAAGGUAUAAACACAAAAGUAGCUCAAGUUUGUGCUUAUGUACUUGGAGCAGCUUUAGAGAAAAUUAGUGUGAAGCCAUCGUCCAGCGUUACAUCUCCAAAUUGUACAUCAACUGGGGCUAGCAUUGGUAGCGAAUGCGUAGCUUAUGCAACAAUGAAAGCGUGUGAAAUAUUAUUACAAAGGCUAGAGCCGAUCAAACAGAAAUUAGGAAAGUAUACGUGGGAAGAGCUUAUUAGAGAAGCACACAAUUCUGAUGUUGAUUUACAAGCAUCUUAUUUGUAUACAACUUCUAGUGGUGUAAAACCAUACGAUAUAUAUGGCGUGAUUGCCUUAGAGGUAGAAGUUGAUAUAUUAACUGGAAACCACGAUGUUCUAAGGGCUGACUUACUCGAAGAUACUGGAAGAAGUUUAAGUCCUCAAAUCGAUGUUGGUCAGAUUGAAGGAGCAUUUAUUAUGGGACUUGGGUACUGGACAUCUGAGAAAAUUGUUACCGACCCCAAUACUGGGAGAAUAUUAACUGAUCGGACAUGGACAUACAAACCUCCUGGAAUUAAAGAUAUACCUGCUGACUUCAGAGUUUAUUUUAGAAGAAAUGCUAAAAACGAAUUUGGCGUAUUACAGUCAAAAGCUACCGGUGAACCGUCAUUCUGUUUAGCAGUCGUUAUAGUUCACGCAUUUCGAGAGGCCGUUAGAGAAGCUCGGCUGGAAGCUGGCUAUGACGAUCAAUGGGUGGAUAUAGAAACGCCUUGUUCAGUGGAGAAUAUAUUCAUGGCUGUAGAUCACAAGAUAAAUCACUUUACAUUGAAAUGAGUAUGUCUACAUUUACUCUUCUUUAAUAUCAUUUUUUUUUAAUCUUCUUACAGAUAUUUAAAAAUGAACGUGCCGAAGCAUUUAAAAUUAUUAAUUGGAUCGGUUGGGACUGCGAUAUUCGCUAUAAUAUUUGGAUGGUUCCUCUUUCCUACACUAUUAAAAGGUCAAUUAAAGAAGGAAAUGGCGUUGUCAAAGAAAACGGAUGUUCGCAAGAUGUGGGAAAAAGUACCUUUCGCUCUUGACUUCAAAGUGUAUGUUUUUAACUAUACUAACGCUGAGGAAGUUCAUAAUGGAGCCAUCCCGAUCGUUAAAGAAAUCGGACCUUAUUAUUUUGAGGAAUGGAAAGAAAAAGUAGAAGUUGAAGAUCAUGAAGAAGAUGAUACAAUCACUUACAAGAAGUUGGAUAAAUUUAUCUUCCGACCUGACCUUUCUGGUCCAGGAUUGACUGGUGAAGAAAUUUUAGUGUGGCCCCAUGUAUAUUCACUGGGAAUUGCCACAAUAGCAGCCCGGGAGAAACCAUCCAUGCUUAAUAUGGUUGGGAAAGCCAUCAACGGUAUCUUCGACAAUCCUCCUGAUAUGUUCAUGAGGGUAAAAGUUCUAGAUAUUUUGUUUAGAGGCACGAUAAUCAAUUGUGCAAGAACAGAAUUUGCACCAAAGGCAGUGUGUACUGUGAUAAAGAAAGAAGGCGGUGAUAGUUUAAUCUUUGAACCCAACAAUCAGUUUAGAUUUUCUAUAUUUGGAAAGCGCAAUGCAACCGUUGAUCGGCAUGUAGUGACUGUAAAAAGAGGCAUACGAAAUGUGAUGGAUGUUGGCAAGGUCACAGCUAUUGAUGACAAGCCACAGUUAGAUAUCUGGAGAGACUCCUGUAAUGAAUACGAAGGCACUGACGGCACCAUCUUUCCUCCCUUCUUAACUGAGAAAGAUCGCUUGAUGACUUUUUCAGGAGAUUUAUGCAGGCCAUUCAGACCCUGGUUUGUAAAGAAGACAUCAUACAAAUCAAUCCCGACAAAUCACUACACCGCCAACAUUGGGGACUUUGCAAAUGAUCCAGAAUUAAAUUGCAUGUGCGAGGCACCAGACAAAUGUCCUCUAAAAGGACUUAUGGACCUAACAAAGUGUAUAGGAGCCCCAAUGUAUGCUUCAAUGCCGCAUUUCCUUGACAGUGACCCCCAAUUAUUAAAAAAUGUAGUGGGUCUUAACCCGGACCCGGAAGCACAUGCUAUUGCUAUUGAUUUUGAAACGGUAUCUGGAACACCGUUGGUUGCAAAACAGCGGAUUCAGUUCAACAUUCAGUUAAUGAAAAAUGAAAAAAUAGAGUUGUGUAAAAACCUUCCCGAUACAAUAGCUCCACUAUUUUGGCUUGAAGAGGGUCUAGCCUUAAACAAAACGUUUGUGAGCAUGUUAAAAAACCAGUUAUUCUUGCCCGUGCGUAUAGUCAAUGUGCUUAAAUGGAUCCUUUUGGUGUUUGCCAGUAUGGGUACUGUUGGCAGCAUUAUCUUCCACUUUAGAGGAAACAUAAUGAAGUUUGCCGUUACAACGGGGACGACUAUCCCAACGAAAAUCAACCCCGAAGAGGAAAUGAAGAACAAUAAUAUAACUAAUCAAACGCUGGAUCCGGUCAAAAUUGAGAUGUAA